CCCCAUUCUUGAGGACUUGCAUGCAUGUGAAACGGGAGAGAUAAACAGAGCCGUGCAGCAGGAGCGCGCGCAGGAGGCAAAAAAGAGAGAGGGACACGGGGGAGAGGAGAGAGGAGAGAGAGAGAGAUAGUGCAUUAGAAUUUAGGAAAUAACCUCCCUCCCCUCUACCCUUCCCCCUCCUCUCCCACCCACCUCUUGUCUAUCUCUCCAUCUUCAUCCCUUGCUUUUUUCAGUUUUUCCCGUUUCCUUUCCUUCCAGUCUUUUCUUUUCUGUUCUUUUUUUAAUGGACAGAAAUUAUCCUGGCGCAGGAUUCGGUGAUCUGGGCGCCGGGACGGGAUGGAGUUACGAGAGGUCGGCCAAGGCGAGUCUGAUGUAUGGGAGCUCCAGAUCCUCCCAUCCGGACUCCGAAUUACUCCAUCGUCAAGCUUAUGCUACACCACACCCCCUGCAGGGCUAUGCUACUAAUCACCACCCAGGCAGCUCUGGACAGGCCGGGGCAUGGGGGGCUGCAGGCCGGAGCUUAGGGCUUUCGGGUUUGUUUGAUGCUGGGUUACACCAUGCUAGCCCCUCAGGACCUGAUGCUUCAGUCAUGAACCUGAUCUCUGCUUUGGAAUCCCGAGGUCCACAGCCUCCCCCAUCUGCCUCCUCCCUCCUUUCUCAGUUCCGUACCCCAUCAUGGCAGACUGCAAUGCAUACCCCAGCCCCUGCUGAGCUCUUCAUCUCCAGUGCUUUGCCUGGAUCUGGCUCAUUCCCUUCUUCUUCUGCCCUGUCAGCAUACCAGCACCCUGCCUCCUUCUCUAGUCGUUCAUUCUCUGGGGUGACACCAUCACUGUCCCUCCAGGAUACACCUACAUUCAGCCCUACCUCCAAUGGCCUCCUAUCACCACAUGAUCCUUUACUGCACAUAAAAACACCAUCCCAAUCCAGCCUGGGCUUUGACCGUCUUCUUUCAUCACAGAGUGCAGCAGCAUACAGAGGAGCACAGGAGCCCUCAAGUGGUCCUCAGCCUCAAGCACCUACAUCAUCCUCUGCCCGCCACUUACCUCCCCCUCAAUUUAACCUGCUCUCCUCCCAGCUUCAAGAGCAGUCCUCCCAUCUGUACAAUGCAUCUGUAUUCUCUUCAGCACCUGCACCCUCACAACCACCUACCCCACAGGAAAGAGCAAUUCCAAGGCAAGACAGCGUGAUUAAGCACUACCAGAGACCUUCCCCUGCACAGUCCCAGUUGCCCUCUUCCACGUCACAUCCUCUGCAGCAUUAUCUUAGCUGUGGAACAUCAGGCUACCAGCAGAUCUCACACCAUCGGCAUGGUGGUAUGAGUUGUAGCCCCCUUGGUGACCAGAGCCCAUCAUCUGACCCCAAGCCCUCACCUCGAUCAGACCAAGUGUACCGCCCCAUAGUACAGCCCCCAUAUAGCUCUUCCUCGAUAUCCUCAUCAGCUGCCUCUGGUGGUGGUAUUGGGAAACCAGGAAAGAGUUCUAGUUCAAGCAGUGGCUACUCAUCCUCUAGCUCUUCUUCAUCUAGAACUCCUCACACACCUCCCUCAGCUUCCUCUACAACUUCAUCCUCCUCCACUUCUUCUAACCCAAGUGCUUCAUCUAGCGCCUCCUCUGCUCCUUCAAGGCAGCAACCACCUCCCCAAUCUGCACCACAACCCCCUCCGCCACCUCCACCACUCCCUGUUUCCUCCUCUGCAACACAACAGCCUCCUCCUAAACCCUGCCUUUCCACAUACGGCUCCCCUGUGGCUCCUGUUAAACCCACCUCUGGCCUCCCUGGCCAAACCCCACCACAACAACACUCGCAAUCAUAUUCACCAAGUCAACCUCCACCAUCCCACCUUUCCCAGCCUUAUGGGGGGUUCAGUUCCCCCCAGGCCCAGGAAGUUAGCUCUGGUCCUGGGGGAUCAGGAAAAGGGUUUGGGGGUCUUGGAGCAACAGGGCGUUCAUUUUCAGGGGAGGGGGUAUAUGGUUCUGAAUCAGGAUAUGGUUCUUUACCACCCUCACUUGGAGGAGCAGGAAGUCCUUCAAUGGGCUAUGAUGGAACGGGACAUUCACCUGCCCUAAUUGGUUCUGGAGGUGGUACUGGUUCAACAAGUAGUGGUACUGGCUCAGCAGGUGGUAGUUCAGCAGCUAAUAGCAGUAACAGUGUUGCAAGUGGUGGGGCUGGAGGAUCAUACCAUCUUCCUGAUUCCAGUCCUUCACCUUCAAUUAACUCUGCAAUCAUUAGACCUGGACUGCACUCCCCUGCACCCACUCACCCUGCACAGUCUCCAGGAGGAAAUGGGGGUAAUAAAUACCUAUCCUCAGUUCUCUCUCCUAAUUUUUUAGCUUCUCCACAGGGUUACUCAGACACACGGGCACCACCACCACAGGCACAGCCUUAUCAUUCUGCACCUCCCAAGAGCAAGUCAGAGACUGAUAUGCUUGGCAUUGAACGAUCUCAAGAAGAGGAUGAAGAUGAUGAUGAUUUUCUAAUACAGCACCUUUUGCACUCGCAAAGCCCAGCACCCCAUCCAUCUCAACACCACGCUCAGCAACAGCCACCACAGGUGACUUCCCAGCAGCAGUCAGCACAGCCGCAAUCUAUGCCGCAAAGUAGGGAAGAAGCAAAGGGAAUGUCUGCCUAUGAACUGAACAAGGCAUCUGAGGAACGUUACCAACUACAGAGUGUCAUUCGCACCAAUAAUGCCACUAAUAAUGUGGGACCAACAAACACUGCUGGACAAGGAACUGGUCCAGGAACUGGCCAAGAGAGUCAAAUGGAAAUAUCUCUAAAGAAGCAGCAAACAAAAUUAGAGAGGACAGUGUCAGGAGCUGGGGCAAAUGGAGGACGAGGGGGAAUUGAUUCACUCCCUCACUCCCAUCAGCAUGCGCCACACACUCACCAACAUGACUCCCUUGGCUCAGUGGUCCAUUAUGGGAGAGGGGACUCCUAUGGCCACCAGACACAUCAACAUCACUCUUCGCAUGCUUCACAUCCACAGCACUCCCAACAUCCACAGCACUCUCACCCACAUUCCCUGUCUCAUGCCCAUGUGGAGGUCAAGAAAGCUACAGAUUCAUCAGAGCUACCCUACAUACAAAAACCUCAAGACUUGCAACAGCAAAGGUCCCAAUCGUCCCUUUCCCACAUGGAUUCACCACCUGACCAGACUCAACAACCUCAGCAAACUCAUCUUCUACAGUCUGUCCUUUCCCACUCCACACGUAACAAGAUGGACACUCAACAGGUCCCCCAAACAACACCGCAUCCUAUGAGUCAGCAGGCUUUAAUGGGAACAAGUGGAGGCCUUGGAACUGGAAGUGGUGGGAGUGUAGAAACCCAGUCACAGGCCUCUCAGCUUCAACUCCAACUCCAAUCCCAGUCUUUGGAGGCCCACUAUGGAUGUGAGGCACAGCGAAACCAAAGCCAGUCAAGUCAGAAUUCAGUCUCACAACUUGAACUGCUUGAACGAUCACUCUCUAGAACAAACAGUCGUGAAGGCGUAGGGCCCACUGAGAGGAUUGUUGGUGGAGAUGGAAGUGCUAAUGACCAUCAAAGACCACAGCAACAGCUGCAGCAGCAGCAUAGGAUGCCUUCACAUCACCAGGCCCACCAUCCUCAACAAACACCUUCAGAGCUCCAUGAUUUCCUGAAUGAGUCAAAUUUGAGCAUGUCAGCCCCAUCUCAUCUGCAUCACAUGGCUUCUCACCAUGGACACCCUCAUGCCCACCACCAACCACAGCCCCACCCACAUCACCAACACUCCCAUCAGCACUCUCGCCACAUGCCUUCCAACACUGGACCAAUGCAACCACAGGCCCAGCCCAGGGAACCAGAGCCCCAGCUUCCUCAGCAACAACUAGAUCAACUUAAAGAGCACCAGUUUGACACUGACAGUUCUGUAGUUAAAACUACACAGAAUCAGGGACAGAACCAACAGCAGCAGCAGAGGUUUGUGCCUUUGACCUCCAUCUGUUUUCCUGACUCACUUCUCCAAGAUGAGGAUCGCUCAUUUUUUCCAGCAAUGGAGGACAUGUUUUGUUCUGAGGACUACAAACCAAGCUGUGCAGGUGUAGCAGGUGCAGGACAAGGAGAUCAGGAUAUUGUAUCUGAAGCACGUGUAAAUGUUCAAGAUGGAAUAGAGUCAGUUAAGGCAAGUGGAGGGGCAGGUGGAUAUGAUAUGAUGGGCCACCAUGGUGACCAGGAUUAUGGGCAGUACUGUCACAGUCUUUCUGAAUCUGGCAAUGGGACCAUGCAUCUAGAUUUGGACUCAUUGAAAACUCAUGAACUCCCAUCUACUGUGAAUACAGAGCAACUGGGCCUGAUUCAAUCUCAGGCACCAGGCAUGGGAAUAGGUGGAACAGGGUCUAGUGUAGAUGGAACAGGGAACAAAAUUAUGGGAAAUUCUGGCAUAGGAAGUGGUUCUGGAACAGGUGGGCUAACCUCACCCAUCUUCUGUUCCUCUAGACCCAAAAAAAAACUACUGAAGACGAGCUCUUUCCACCUUCUAAAACAGCGGAGGGACCCCAAUUCCCAGCCACAGACAAAAAAAACUUAUGCUCAAGAAUAUGAAUUUGAAGAUGAUGAAGAUAAAGCAGAUGUUCCUGCUGACAUCAGACUGAACAGCAGGCGCCUCCCGGAUUUGCUUCCUGAUCUGGUGUCUAGCUGCAGAAAGUCCACUGGUGGUUCAGGGGUUGGCGGUCUAAGUCCCCUAAUGGGUGACUUGGAUUUCUGCAACCCCUCAGGGUACUCAUCACUUGGACCUCCUCCACAGCUCCUUCCCCAAGAUGGGCCAAAGAAGAGAGGUAGAAAGCCCACCAAACCCAAAAGAGAAGGUCCUCCUAGGCCUAGGGGAAGACCUCGUAUUCGCCCACUCCCAGAACCUCCUUAUUGCAGGGGGCUGAUGGGACCUGGUGCUGGGGAGAGCCGAAGAGGUCGUGGUCGAGGAAGGGGUCGUGGUAGGAAAGAUGAUCUCAUGUUGGAGAUGCAUAGAGACAUUAACAAAGGACAGAAUUACCAUCAACAGUCUCACCAACAAGCACCUCAUCUCCAUCACCAACAACAACUUCAACAGCAACAUCCACAACAGCAGCACUUACCCCAACAUCAACAUCUGCACCACCAUUCACAGCCACAGCAGCACCUCCACCCACAGCAGCAACACAUGCACCAACAGCAGCACCUACAUACACAACACCAUCAGCACUUACAUCAACAGCAAACACAACACCAACAACAUCAGCCUCAACAGCAGUAUCCGGAACCCAUCAAACCGAUUAAAAUAAAGCUUCCUCUUCCCCCCAUGCCUUCAUCUGAAUCCCUCCUGAGGACAGACUCCUUGUCGAGCACAGACCCUGUUCUGUCUGAUGGCUCAGUGGGAUCUGCACCAUCUCUUGGUCUGAGCCCUGGACCCACAUCUGCACUGGACAUGAACAGAACCGAUAUGAACUGUGGUCAGGAUAAGAUGAAACAGAAAGACGAAGAGAUGUCUUGGGAGAGAGACAUGGAUGAACAGUUGACCCCAGAGGCAUGGGCCACCAUGCAAAAACUGUCCAGCUCCACUGACGACAAGCCAUCAGAGCUGAAGUCUGGCUUCAUCACGUCCUUUCUAGACUUUCUAAAAACAGAAAAGAAGCCCUCAUCCGGCCCGCUCCACAUGGACGGAUCCAGCCCUGUGCACGAGCCCUCAGUGAAGGGAGGGAUUCGUCCCUUAUCACCACCUCCACCUCCACCCCCACCUCCAACUCCUCCACCGUUUGGGGAGACAGAGGGGGAAGGAGGUCUCGCGCUGAGCAACUGCCCUUCGCCGUGUAAACGCCUGGACGAGGAACUCAAAAGAAACCUGGAGACGCUGCCGUCCUUCUCCUCCGACGAAGAAGAUUCUGUAAGCAAGAACCAGGACCUUCAGAAGAGCAUCUCCUCAGCCAUCUCUGCCCUCUAUGACACACCGCACAGCCUGGCUGCUCUCCCACCCCCUCCCACACCAUCUCCACCCCUUUCACAGGCCCCACCCCUUGAUACACCUCCACCACCUGCUGAUUCAGAGACCUUCCCAGAGCUAGAGACUCAAAUGAUGACCCAUGAGCUUCAUACACACACUGAGCUGAACUUGCCGGAGAGGACACACACUCCAGAGGAGGAAGACAAUCCCAUAGAGGAGGAGGGGCCAGAGGAGCUAGAGGAGGAGAGAAUGCAGAAAGAGGAAGAUAAAGAAGAGGAGUUAGAGGAAGAUGGAGGAGAAGAUGAGAACAUGGUGCAGAAUAGAGAAGAGGACAUGGAGAAAGAAGAGGAUGCUGAGGAGACGGAGUUCUGUGUUGUCGAUGCUCCCAAAGUUGAUGAUUCUUCAUCUGACCCUCCUCUUGCUCCUGCACCACCCUCUCCUCCAUCUCUUUCUCCUUCUCCACCCACUUCCUCCUCUCCAUCACCUCUUCCUCCUCUUCUCUCUAUUCCCUCGCCUCUUCCUGCUCCGGAGGAGGACAGCCCGCAACCACAACUGCAACCGCAACCACAACUUCCGCCUCAGCCUCAGCCGGCUCCACUGCUCCAUCAGUCCCUCCCCCCUAGCCCUUCUCCUCCAGCUCUCCCCUCCCCAUCUCCACCUCCUCCAACACUUCCUCCAUCUGCCACUCCUCCGCCAUCCUCCUCCCCUCCUCUGCCCAUGGAGUUACCCCACCCUUCACCUCCCUCGCCCCCAACCCCUGAGGAUGCCCCCACCCCUCAGAUCACCUCCCUCCACCUGGCCAAGAAGCAGGACAACGCGGCCAUCGCUGGAGAGAGCGAGGAGGAGGACAGCGAGAGCGGCGGUGAGGGCAUUUUCAGAGAGAGAGACGAGUUUGUGGUGCGCACAGAGGACAUCGGCACACUGAAGCUGGCUCUGCAGACAGGACGAGAGCCUCCUCCGAUUUGGAGAGUGCAGAAAGCUCUGCUGCAGAAGUUCGCACCUGAGAUUAAGGACGGUCAGCGGCAGUUCUGUGCCACCAGCAAUGUGAGUUGGUCUUCUUUAAUGACCUCCUCCAUCAUUCUGAGAGCUUCUCACCUUCUGUUUGCUCCUCUGUUUCUGCUCUCUGCCAGCUCUGAAGUGAGAAAUAAAAUAUUUUCCUCUCCUCCUCUCACUCAUCUGCAGUAUCUGGGCUACUUCGGAGACGCAAAAAUGAGAUAUCAACGGCUGUACGUUAAGUUCCUGGAGAACGUGAACAAGAAGGAUUACGUGAGAGUGUGUUCUCGGAAACCUUGGCACAGAGCCGGCAUUGCACUCAGGCGCCAAACACUUGCUAAGCCGCUGCCCACCAUCCGCAGUCAAACUCCGCCCCGUGUGGAACGAGAGGAGAGAGAAAAAGCAAGAGAGAGAGAGAGACAACGAGAGAGAGAGCAGCACGAACAAAGAGAGAGGGAGAGGGUGAAAGAGAGAGAGAGAAGAGAGAGGGAGAAAGAGAGAAUGAAAGAGGCAGAACAGAGGGAAAAAGAAAAGCAAGAAAAAGAGAAAGAACGGGAAAUGGAACGAGAGCGAGAGAGGGAGGAGAGAGAAAAACAGAGAGAGAAGGAAAGAGAGAAGGAACGAGAGAAAGCAAGAGCAAGGGAAAGAGAGAAACAACAAGAUAAGGAGAAGGAUAAGGAGAGAGAGAGAGAGAAACAUAGAGAAAGAGAGCGUGAAAAAGAGAGGCAGAGGGAGAGAGAGAAGCAACGGGAAAAGGAAAGGGAGGAAAAAGAAAGGGAGAGAGAGCGAGAGAAGGAGAGAGAAAAGGAAAAGAAGCUCCAAGAGAGGCAAAAUCAGGAAAAGUUAGAGAGGAGAGGUGGAGCGGAGCGAGGGAGAGUGAAGGAGGAGAAGAGAGGAGGAGCAGGAGGAGAGAAGAGAGCGGAGAAGGCCAGGAGCAGGACUGUGAAAGUGAAGGCGGAGCCUCCACCCAAAAAGAGGAAGAAGUGGCUGAAGGAAGUUCCCUCCUCCGAGUCAGACUCCUCCCCCUCUGCCAGUGAGGAUGAAGGCUCAGUGCGCAGUGUGAUAAACAGUCGAGCGAUGAGGGAGAUGUUCCGCAGCUAUGUGGAGAUGUUGGUGAGCACGGCGCUCGACCCAGACAUGAUCCAGGCGCUGGAGGACACCAACGAUGAGCUUUAUCUCCCACCCAUGAGGAAGAUCGACAGCAUCCUGAACGAGCAGAAACGCAGAUUACUGAGAAGAGUGAACCUGAACGCUCAACACCAGGAAGCUCUACACAUGUAUCCUCAGAUGAGUGCUGAUGCUCUGGAGUCCGGCAUGGUGAAAGUACGGCUCGGCGGAGAAGGAUAUAACCGCAAAACUCUCAACCGUGUCAAAAAGAGUCUGCCCAAGCAACAGGAUCUGAAGCUGUCGACAGAGAUGUGUCGGAUCUACAGCCUGUACCACUCGCUCCAUCAUUAUAAAUAUCACACCUUUCUGCACUGCAAGAAGGAGACGGACAGUAUCGAGCAGGCGGCGGACGAUCCCGGGCAGGAGGAGGUGGUUCAGCAGUGCAUGGCCAACCAGAGCUGGCUGGAGACCCUCUUCAAUUCCUUCAUCGAACUGCUGACUCUUAGCAACAAGCCUUGAAGGGCAAAGGUCAAAGGUCAGAACACGCUCAGAGCGGCGGAGAGGAGAGUGAAGCGUUACUGAACCGUUACAGACCUCCGAGCAGCAGGACGUUCGAAUGUACCAAGUUCCUGACACAGUCCUGUAGAAGGAGCGAGACGUGUCCUGGGAUGCUGCAGUGUCACUUGAAAAUGUUUUCUUUUUUAUGUUUUGUUUUGUGAAACAUUUCGUUUCUUGUAUUUUGUGAAAAACAGGAGGCAGAAAGAAAAGAGAAAAGAGAGAAUAUGUGAAGAUGUGAAGAAGGGUAGAGACAGUGCCCAGGGGAACAGGGUUAGAGCCUCGAACGCUACGUUCCAUGCACACUCUUCUUAAAUAUAUAAAUAUGUAUUAUUAUUAUUAUUAUUAUUAUUAUUAUUAUUAUUAUUGACAUUUAUUAUUUGUAUUAUUUAUACAAGGACAUUUGUAACAAGUGCACCCCUUAAAAGCCUAAAGCUGGGGCCGUUUGCUGUUAUUUUGAAUAAUAAUAUUUGUUUUAUUAAAAUGUACAUGACAUGGCCUACCCAUAAUUCCCUGCUCUUCCCGCCU